AUGCCACUUUUGAAGUAUAAAGCCAAGUUUACUUCCAAAACAUUAUUAGAAGAAACUGCCAUUAAAGUUGUUCCAAAGAACUUGUUUUCUGUAGAAAAUCAGAAAAUAGAAGAAAAAAAUGGUAAAGUAGAUGAUCCUCCUUCUUAUGUAGAUACGUGUUUGGAAGAUAAUUCCAUCAUCAACAUGAAUACUAAUAAAGAAUGCAAUAAAAUGCAUUUUCGGUCAGAAUAUGUUGAUAUGACUCUUAUGGCAAAUCCUUUUUUAAAGGAGAGAUUUAUCAUUAAAACUAGCGAAAGUACUUUAAAUGAAAAUGUUGUUGAUAUAUUGCAAAAUCUUAUUUCUUCUCAAAAAUUUAUAAUAGAAAAUGAAGGAAUGAAGGAAAUGCCAUUGACUACGUGUAAAGCAGGUAAUUCGAAGAUUUGUACAGAAGAUAAUAAAGCUAAUAAUGCAACGUGUAAUGUAAAUUCUGAUUUUUGCACAAAUUCUAUGAAGAGUGAACUAUGUUCAUUUGGUAAUAAUGAAACUAUUUGUAAAACUUUGAGUUUUCUUUUUGCUAGUCAGUUUUCAUUCCCUAAUACUUGUAAAAAAAAUGAAGUUUGUAACAAUAAUGAGAGUGUAGUUAUGCCAUAUAUAAAUGUUCAUAAGAAAACUCAAGACAGUAUAAUUAAAAUAUCUACAAAUGAGGAACAACAUUCAGUUUUUAAUGUUGAUAAAGUCAGAACUGAUGAAUCUAAAAAUCAACUAUUUAAUGAAACAUCAAGUUUGGCUACAGAUGAUAAACUAUUUGAAAAUAUGAAUAUAUCUUAUUGUAAUAAUGAUUCAAAUUAUGAUAUUCAAAAGUUUUCAUUUAUAAGUCAAAAUAACAGUUAUACAAAACUUGAAAUAAAGGAGAUAAAUCAAUCAAAUGAAGAUAUUUCUGUGCCAAAACUUAAUUUUUCUGACAUGGAAAUGAUAAAAGAAGACUAUUCAGCAAAUCUCCCUCAAGAAAAUAUUGAUUGUCAUAAUGUUAAUUUUGAACUAAUAACUGGAAGAAACUUGAACAUUUUGCCUCAAAAAUCUGCCUCAUUUUAUUCAGCUAAUGGUAAACCCAUUAUUAUAAAUAAAAACUCUUUACAGCAAGCAAAAGAAAUGUGGGAUAAAGUAACAAAUGAUUCUUGGAACUGUAAUUUAAAUCAACAUAAUCCCAAUAUUAAUCAUAAUGAAAAUAAUUAUGCAAAAUUAUUAGCUAAUACAUUCCAAAAUACAAAUGAAAAUGUUUCAAAGUUAAACUCAAUAAAUGCUCAAAAGUUUUGUAGGGAUCCUGUAAAUAAUAAUACUAACUUAAUUGAAUUAAAUACAGCAGAAAAUUAUAGUCAGUCAAAACAUAUUAAUUCUAAAACAGAUCAAAAAGAAUUAAUAGAACUUCCAUCAACAGAUAAUCCAGAGUGUAAAUUAAAUAUAGAUUCUGAUAAGAAUUUAAGUACAGAAAGUACAUACAGUAAAAAUUUUGAUAUUGAAAAAGAAAUAGAAAGUCAAGUGUAUCAUUCUCCUGAUUUUCCUUUAACUCAAGUAAUGGAAGUAGCUGAAAUCACAUAUGCUUGUUUACAAGAAAUGGAAAAAGGAUUUAGUCAUACCUUUAGUCAGUUUUCUCCAAAUCCUACAAAAAUAAACAAUGAUUUUCAAAAUGUUAAUGAAGUUAAUUUAUUUCAAUGUGGAGAAAAUAUCUUAGAAGAUAAUUCAAUGAAACAUAUGGAUAACAAAGUAAAAUAUUUUAAUAUUGAUAGAUCAAUAAUACAAAAAAGUAAUUUGGAUACAAUAGAGGAUAAAAUUAAUACGGAUCCAUUGAUAAUUUCAAGAAGAAAUAAUUUAAAAAAUUUAGGUAAUCAUGCAUCAGAAAAGCAGAUUAAAUGCAGAACUGAAUUAUUUAAAACUAACAAUAAUUUAAAUUGCUUAUUUAGCAACAUAGAAGAUGUUAAAAAAGAAACUAGUUCAAAUUACCAAUUUAGUUUUGAGGUUAAAGAUGCAAAAAAUUUUAAAGGAUUUACAACUGCUUCAGGAAAAGAUAUACAUUUGUCUGAAAAAGCUUUGAACAAAUCUAAAGAAAUAUAUGCUGAAUUAAAUAAAUGCGAAUUAUCAAUUUUUGAUCAAAAAGAAGAGAUAAAUAAUAAUUCUGUUGAUUUGUCAUUGAUCGAUCUCGAUUUUUAUUCAGAUGUGGAACAAGUGAAUUUUCUGAACUUAAAUAAGAAAGAGUCAAUAAAAGAAUUAGCUGUAGAAUCUUUUAAUGAAAACAUAAAUUUUAAUAAAACUGAUAAUACAUCAAAAUCAACUAUGACUACUGUAAUAAAUUCUUUGAAUGAGAACAGUAAAUAUGAAAACAAAGACUAUGUAAUACCUAAUGAUAAAAGUUUAGAAAAUCAUUUAAAAGAAAAAAUAAAAAAAAUUCCACAUCAAACUACAGUUUUAAAUGAUGAUAAACUAUCAUUUUUUACAGCAGCUGGUAAAGAAUGUAUUGUAUCUGAAGAUGCUUUACAAACUGCAAAAAAAUUAUUUAAUGAAAGCAGCAGUAAAAUUUUUACGAAAGGAUCAGAUAUUGAAGGAAUUAUUAAUGAAAAUAAUGACAAAAAUUUAGAUACAGAUGAAGCUGAUUAUCUUCCUACUUUUGAUAUGAGUUAUUUUACUGCUUGCAGUCAUCAGGAUAAUAUUGAUGAUGAUUCACAGGAUGAUAAAAAGUUAUUUAUUAGUAUUGACAACAAUGAAAAACAUAAGGCUGUUUUGGAAACUAAUAAACAUAACAAUGUUUUUAAAUCGGAAAAGUUUUUAUCAACUAAGUUUUCAUCAACAGAUCAUGAGCUUUAUGUUAAUGAAAUAAAUGAAGAAGCUAAUCCAAAGAUGUCUCAUUUAAAACAAUAUGAGGAAUGUUUUGACAAUCAAAGAAUUCAAACCAACAAUGAAAAUAUUCUAUUGGAAGAUCAAAAAGAUAAAGCUAAAGAUGUAUGUAGUAAAGAAUAUAUCAAAUUAAAUACUAGUGAUUUAGAAAUAAAAACUGAUAAUCUAACUAAAGGUGGAGAUGAGUUAAUUUUGAAUGAAAAUAUAGUAGAAGCUAAAUCAAAUUUAAAAGAUGAAAAUCCUGUAGAACUUAGUGAUGUUCAAGAGACAUUUAUGUAUAAAAAUUAUAAUGACCAAAUAUCUGAAACAUUACAUGCCGAUAUUUCAGAUGAUUCAACAAAAAAUAUUCCUACAGAUUUUCACACUGAAUAUGAAAAAGAAAAUGUAAAAUAUGAACCAGAUGAUAAAGAGAUAGAAAUAUAUAAAAAUAAAUCUGUAUUCAAAAUACAUAAUUCAAAAUUUCCUAGCUUUUCCACUGCUUCUGGAAAAAAGAUUUGUAUAUCAUCUGAAUCAUUGUCAAAAGCAAAAACAAUUUUGAAUGAUAUCUCAAAUGAUAAUUUAAACGAAAUACAAAAAAUUAAAGAUCUUAUAAUGACUAAUUCAGAAAGCAUUGAGCAAUUACAUUUUAAUCGAGUUUCUGAUGAAAAUACGCAUAAUGCUACAUACAAAACAAAUGCAACAAAUAAAUUAGAAUUUAAUUUAGAAAAUAAUGCUGAAUUGAAUGAUAAAAAUUGCAAAUAUUAUUUUGAAAAUGAAAAUAAUGUGAUAUUACCAGAAAAAAGUGAUUGUGCAAAUUCUCAUAACCCACUAAAAUCAAUAUAUGUUGAGAAAAAUUUUGUUCAUGACAAAUCUCAGGAAUUUAAAGAAUGUAAAAAACAAUAUUCUUUUAAAGAGGAAGAAAUUAAUAAUUCUGAAAUUACUGUUCAAAAUAUUAAAAUUGCUAAUGAGAAUCUUAUUCAAACUGAAUCACAUUUACAAAUUCAACAACAGUUUCCCUCAGAUAUAAGCAAAUUUCCUGUAUUUAAUACUGCUAGUGGAAAAAAAGUUACAAUUUCUGAAAAUGCAUUAAAGAAAGCAAAAACAAUUUUAAACAAUGAUCCUGCAGAAUGUAAUUUGUCUGUAAAUGAAAAGUUCCAAUUAAUGAAGGAAAAUGAAACAUGUGAAUUGUUGAAAUUUCCAGGAUUUUCCACAGCAGCAGGAAAAAGUGUGGUAAUUUCGGAAAAUUCAAUACAAGCUGCCAAAAUUCUGCUUAAAGAUAGUGAAAUUAAAUUGAAUAAGUUAGAUGAACAAAGCAAUACUAAAUUUGGGUUUAUUCCAUCAAAAAAUCAAGACUUUCAUAAUAAUCAGAUUGGAUUUAAUAGUGCAGCUGGAAAAAAGAUUUUAAUAUCAGAAGCAGCUUUAAACAAAGCAAAAUUAUUAUUCCAACAUUCAUAUACAGAAAGUAAUAAUUUAGAAAGCAACUUUGAAAAAGAUAAACAUUUUAGCAAUUUCCAUGAUAAAAACAAAUUGAACAGUGAUUAUUGUGAUGUCUAUGACACUGAACAGGUCAUAAAAAAUCAUUCUGUUUUAAUGAAAGAAGACAAAAAAACAACUAAUGAUAAUUUGAAUGAUAUAACUAAGUCAAAUAAUGUUCAUCACAGCGAAGUUUCACUUACUGAAACUAUUAAACGACCAAAAACUGAAAAUAAUAAUAAAGAUAGAAAAGAUAAUCCAGUAAAAAGGACUUUAGAUGAAUUAAAUUUAUUAUAUUUACCUCAAAAUCAAAAAAGAAAUAAAAUUGGAAAAGCAGAUUUUGGAAGCAAUGACAUAAAAGAUACAGAUAACAUAAAUGAUAAGGUAAAUUUUAAUUUACCUCAGACAGUUUUUCCUGUAACUGAUAAAAGCAGUAUAGAAAAAAAAAGAUAUUUUGCUAUGAAAAAUCAAGAAGAGAGGAUUAAAAAUAAGUACAAUAAAAAAAUAAAUAUUCUUCCUGGUAAGCUGUGGAUAACGAAAACUAGUGGCAUAUCACGACAGAGCUUGAGGAAAUUUGUUAACAAUUUACUCCCCUUCACUUCAAGUACAAAAAAGAUUUAUGAAGAUGAUGUUUCAGAAGCUCUGUAUUCAUCAACAGCUUUAAAUGCAAUAGAUUUUACUUUUAAGGCUGAGGACUAUUUUGAUUUAGAUACGUGCAAUCAAUGUAUUGAUAUUAAAAUUGCCGAUGGUAUGACUAUUGUUUUAAAUAAAAGUAAUGAAAUAGGAAUUGAAGAAAUUUGCAAAGCAUUUUUAGACGGUCCUGGAGUGGAUCCUAAUCUUGUGAAUAAUGAUUGGAUACAUAAUCAUUAUACAUGGAUUGUAUGGAAAUUAUCAGCAAUGGAGAAGGCAUUUCCGUGCAUAUUUUUAAAAAAAUGUUUAACUCCUGAAAAUGUGUUAUUACAACUCAAAUAUCGUUAUGACAAAGAAAUAGAUCAAAAUCAAAGAAAAAUAAACAUAUUAAUGAUUUAUGAAGAUGAUGUUUCAGAAGCUCUGUAUUCAUCAACAGCUUUAAAUGCAAUAGAUUUUACUUUUAAGGCUGAGGACUAUUUUGAUUUAGAUACGUGCAAUCAAUGUAUUGAUAUUAAAAUUGCCGAUGGUAUGACUAUUGUUUUAAAUAAAAGUAAUGAAAUAGGAAUUGAAGAAAUUUGCAAAGCAUUUUUAGACGGUCCUGGAGUGGAUCCUAAUCUUGUGAAUAAUGAUUGGAUACAUAAUCAUUAUACAUGGAUUGUAUGGAAAUUAUCAGCAAUGGAGAAGGCAUUUCCGUGCAUAUUUUUAAAAAAAUGUUUAACUCCUGAAAAUGUGUUAUUACAACUCAAAUAUCGUUAUGACAAAGAAAUAGAUCAAAAUCAAAGAUCAGCACUGAAAAAAAUUAUGGAAAGAGAUGAUACACCUGUAAAGACCAUGAUCCUUUGUAUAGCAGAAAUAAAAAGAAUUAGUUCAUUUACAGGAAAUAGUGACUUGGAAGAUACUACAAAUGAGGAAAAUGAGGUAUCUAAAUUUAAAUGUUUAUUGUAUCAAUGA